AUGAUUGAAACAUACCGAGAUUGGCAUGAGAAACUGCCUUAUACAUUGAUGGCGUACAGAACUACUAUCAGGAUUUCUACCAAAGCAACUCCUUACUCUCUUAUGUAUGGAAUGGAAGCAGUAUUGCCUGCAAAAGUUGAAAUUCCUUCCUUACGCAUUUUAAUGGAAUUUCAGAUAGAAGAUGCUGAAUGGAUCAGGGAACGCUAUGAGCAGUUGUCCCUAAUUGAUGAAAAGAGGUUGAAUCCUGUUUGUCAUGGACAAUGUUAUCAGCAACGAAUGACUCGAGCUUACAACAAAAAGGUUAAGCCCCGUUUGUUUGAAGUUGGAGAAAAUGUCUUAAAACGGAUUCUUCCAAUGCAAGAGGAGGCUAAAGGAAAAUUUGCUCCCAAUUGGUAA